GCAGUUGUCAAAAAUCAAAAAUGCUUCAAGAGGCAGUCACGACCACGUCAUAAUCGCGGUCCAUUCACCGAGUAGCCCUUUCACCUUCACAGAGUCUGCAGCUUUGGACUUCACUUGAAGAGCUACAAGCAUGCAUAUAAUUCAACAACGAUAAUAAUAGUUUUGAAAUGAUCUGAAGUUUUGGAGAAGUAGCAAUUCUGAGACAACGUCUGGUCUAAGAUCUGCUAAUCUAAAUUGACCCCUGCUUACCCCGGAUUUCACUUCAUCACGCGAACCUCAAGCACCACAUUUCACAACCACACAUCAACAACAAAUGGCUUCUCCACCACCGGCCUCCGCAGAUACGAUACUAUUUCGACCGAGCAAGAAGCGUAAAGUCUAUCGACAACGCGCUGCUGAUGACGAGGAAACCACAGCCUCUCCUCCUACGAUAGCAACACCACUCUCCCCCGCCGCCGCAUCGCAUCCGCAAAGCCUCGACGAGUUAAUAUCUUCAGCAGCGAGUCAUGUGGCCAAAGAUGGCAGCGAAGAGGUUGAGGGUGUCCCAGUCUCGAUGGCUGAGAUCCUACGACUACGAAAGAUGAAGAAGCGCGCAGGCGGGGUCGAGUUUCGUGCAGAAACACAAUCGCAUGCGCCAAGAGGCGACGAGCAAGCCUUGGUUGAACACAUUGAAUCUGCUGGGGAAUUAGGAGGCUUAAUCGACAAUGGAGUUCCGAGGAAGUUCGCGCCGCAGAUGGGGGCGGUGGGUGAUGUGAAUAGACAUAUGAUGGCAUACAUAGAUUCCGAAUUGGCUAAACGUCGAGCAAUUGAAGGUGCACAGAGUCAAACUUCAUCUACAUCACAAAUUGGGGCUGGGAUUGUGUCUGCGGGGCAGAAAAGCACUUCGAAAGAAUCUACGGAUGUUCAACGGCAACCGGCUACUCUUGGUAAACUUCAGGAGGUUGAUCUCGGUGAUGAUGUUCGGUCCAAGAACGUGGAGCUGACCAAUCGUGCGAGACGGAUAUUGGAUGGAGAGAAUGUCACUGAUGAAAUUCCUCAACAUGGGAGAGGGAAGCCUGGAAAGGUCAGACUAGGUCCAGAUGGCAAACCAUGGCGAGGACGAAAAAGAAGAGCGAGUGAGGAUGUUGCCAGAGACAGGCUCGUUGAAGAUGUGCUUAGAGAGAACAGAUUGGAAAUCUAUGAGGAGCCCGUUGUAGAAGAGCCUACAACGGGUAACGAUGAAGCAGCAGAUGAUAGGAUAGCUGAAGCAUUCAGGAGAGAGUUUAUGGAUGCCGUUUCUCAACGACAACGCAAGAAAGCGGGUCCACCACAACCUCCUGCUAGGACCGCUGCCGGUAAGAAGGAAGAAGAGGUUAUGAAGGGUCCGAAAUUGGGUGGUAGUAGGACUGCAAGAGCGGCUAUGAGGGAAGCCAUGCUGAAGGGCAAGAAGUAAUACGCAGUUGGUAUAUGAGACUUCAUGUAAUCUAAAUGAAGCAUUCCGU